AUGACACGCAUAAUGUUUUCUUUUGGGGACAAGAUUCUCGGAGGUAUUCGUGCAAUACAAGAACAAGAGCAGGUCUCGACGCUCAUCCGCCAUCGGACAUUCGUCCACCAAGAGCAUGGCCUAGCUCAUCAACGUGUGGUUGACGCCUUCGGCGCCACAUAUUUGCGCAAGCCGAAUGCCGAAAAUUGCCAGUUCCUGAUGCAGAUGCACGAUAAGGUGCACGACUUUCUUAGAAUGUUAGGGAGCAUAGAUUGUAUGCACUGGGGGUGGAAGAAUUGUCCGACAGCAUGGAGAGGCCAAUUCACCAAUGGGUAUAAGGGUACCCACCCGACGAUGAUCCUUGAAGCCAUCGUUGACCACUGUCUUUUAAUCUGGCAUGCUCAUUUUGGCGUAUCCGGGUCAAACAACGACAUCAACUUGCUGAACACGUCGAGUCUCUUCACCGAACAAUGCAAUGGAAACUUUACGGUUAUCAAGUUCACUGCCAACGGACGACAGCAUCAUAUGAGGUACUACUUAGCCGAUGAUAUAUACCCGAGUUGGCCAGUUUUCUUGAAGAUGAUCUCCUUCCCAACGGAUCUGAAGAGAGCCUUUUUUGCACAACGACAAGAGUCUGCACGGAAGGAUAUGGAGCGAUGA